UGACGUCAUUAUGUGCCGACCCAGUGGAAGCAAGGUCCUGCGAACUCAAAUCGAGCUUAGUGUAACUGGCCAUGCUUCAGGGUUGGGGAUCUGGAAAGAGAGCGUUAGAGCGAAGUGGAGGAAGAUCAGGACUUGGGGCGUUGCGAUUUCUUCCGAGAUCGCCCCGUAGUGUUGAUUACUCUUCUUACAGGCAGGGAGCUCAGCGAUGGUGUGGUUGCCAGUUCAGAGACUUACCCAACCUGUAAGGGUCAAAUGCAACUUUUCAGGCUGCAAGUUUUGUUUCUUUCGAAAAUUAUCCAUUCAACCAGUUCAACAAAAGAAGAUUCCAAACCGAUAUCUAGGCCAGCCUAGCCCUUUCACACAUCCACAUCUUCUUAAGCCAGGAGAGGUAACACCAGGAUUAUCACAAGUGGAAUAUGCUCUCCGUAGACACAAGUUGAUGGCUCAGAUACAGCAAGAGGUGCACGGGACAAAUCACACAGUAAUUCUGCUUUCAAAUCCUACCUAUUAUAUGAGCAAUGAUAUUCCAUAUACCUUUCACCAGGACACUAAUUUCCUAUAUUUGUGUGGCUUCCAAGAACCAGAUAGUAUCUUAGUGUUGCAAAGUGUGCCUGGUAGAUCUUUGCCAUAUCACAAAGCUUUACUAUUUGUUCCAAAACGAGAUCCAAGCCGAGAGUUAUGGGAUGGGCCACGAUCUGGCACGGAUGGAGCAAUGGCUCUCACUGGUGUAGAUGAAGCAUAUACCAUGGAAGAGUUUAGACAUCUGGUAUCUAAAUUAAAAGAUGAUUCUAGCACAGUUUGGUAUGAUGUUGCUAAACCUGUGCAUCCCCAGCUCCAUUCUGAUUAUCUUCUGCAUCUGGCUGAGGUAAAAGCUAAAUACAACAACCGUGUUCGAGCUGUCCGGCAUCUAGUGCAAAACUUACGGCUGAUCAAAUCUGCCACAGAGAUUGAGAGGAUGAAAUUUGCUGCCAAAAUCACUUCACAGGCAUUCAUAGAGACUAUGUUUACAAGUAAAGCACCAGUGGAUGAAGCAUUUCUAUAUGCUAAGUUUGAAUUUGAGUGCCGGGCUCGUGGUGCUGAUAUUUUAGCUUAUCCCCCUGUGGUUGCCGGUGGCAACAGGUCCAAUACCUUGCAUUAUGUGAAAAACAAUCAACUUAUCAAGGAUGGAGAAAUGGUUUUAUUGGACGGAGGGUGUGAAUACUCUUGUUAUGUGAGUGACAUUACCCGCACUUGGCCCAUCAAUGGCAGGUUCACUAGUCCCCAGGCAGAGCUGUACCAGGCUAUAUUGGAGGUCCAGAAGUCAUGCCUAAGACUUUGUUCUUCAGGUGUGAGCCUAGAAAACAUCUACAAUUUAAUGCUAACUCUCAUUGGACAGAAGUUGAAAGAAUUGGGAAUCCUAAAGGAUAGCACUAGUGAGGGUCAGGUCUUCAAGGCUGUUCGUAAAUACUGUCCACAUCAUGUAGGGCAUUAUCUGGGAAUGGAUGUUCAUGAUACACCUGACGUAUCCCGAUCAACUUUCCUCCAGCCAAGCAUGGUGAUUACCAUCGAGCCAGGCAUUUACAUACCUGAAGAUGAUACAAGUGCCCCUGAACGAUUCCGUGGCAUAGGAAUACGCAUUGAAGAUGAUGUGGUGGUGACAGAGAAUGUACCAUUAAUCUUGUCUGCAGAUUGCCCAAAGGAGAUCUAUGAUAUUGAACAGGUUUGCAGCUGUAGCCUUUGAUUGUUCUUCACUGCCUUUUAUACUUUGCUCGGGUUUAGAUUGGAAAAUACAUGUGCAUAUCUAAGAGUUUUUCGUAACUUAUAGAAUUGCUUAACUAGAUAGAGUCACUACUAGAAAAAUAUUACUUGCAAGGAACUGUGUGUAAAUAUUUUGCAAGGCACAAUUACACUAUUUAAAUGGGAAAAUGUACAUUACUGUUCAACAUGUAUUUUAAAGUUAUGCUAAUACUAAAACAAAGCCGAUGAAACAAAAUUCAUUUGGUCUAUUUCUUUCUCUGCUUAUACCGUGAUGAUGUUAUUUACAGAGAUGUAGUGAAUAUCAGUUGUAUUGACAUUUCUCAUACUGCAUACGUGCCUCCAUAACAAUUAAAUUUCAGUUUUAGUUUUUUAGUUGUAAGAGCUGAAAAGAAAAGGAGAGUUUUUCUGGAUACAAUAAUUUCCAGUGUAUAAA